UGUGUUAGUAGAGUUUGAGAAUUAUUGAUGAUAUAUACUAGCUGGUAUUCAUUCGAUUAAUAGUAGGGAUUGACCUAUCGAUAUGGGAUGAUAGUGGAGAUUCUGCUUUCUCGCUCCACCUCGCUUGAGGAUAGAGAUCAUUCGGUGCAUGCUUGGUGGUUUAUUAGCCUCGAGGAGGUUGGUGGUGGUGAUGAUGGCCCCGCGAUCGUGGAUUGCGUUAUAGGAUGUCUAGGCACGCUCAAGCUGGCGGCAAGCGUCAGUGGGAGACACCUGUCUUGCUCUUCUUGGAUAUUCUAGAUAUGCGAAAUAGAGCCAUGGGCGAAUGUCAUCUAGGCUCGAAAUUGUUGGGCUUCUUUGGGCUUCAACUGUGUCUAUGUACUGCGACAUCGAGAAUGGUCAUACGUCCUCGAUAUGCUUGUCGGCGCAGAUCAGCCAAGUUGACACAGUCAUUUUCCGCGGUUGACUCGCGAUGGGUUCGAGCCAGCCAGUGUCAAAGGCCAGAAGCACAAGCUGGUCUGUUCUGUUCAUUUGCUUCUUGCUGGUUGGCAAGACGAUAUUCCACAUCUCCCAUCGUUAGUGCUGUGAACCCGGAAGCAGUAGCCAAAGAGGGAGCUCCGUUGACAUGCCUUCGUGGUCGAGAAGGACCAAGCACUGAUGGAAUUAGGAAGGCACAGCGAACCAUUCUCGACGGGGUAAAGAUCUGAAAGAUAAUCGGUGGCUUCUUCGGUAGGAAAUUGCCUGCAAAGCCGUCACAGAUGGAGUAAUGAAGGACAGACGGUGAUAAGUAUUGCUGUUAUGCCUCCACAUCGAUAUUCAGAAGAUGGCAUCUUGAUAAGCUGGAAAGAGCGCAUUGUAUUUCCGACAAGGCUGACAAGGCUGGAGGAUUGUAGCUGCCUGCACCAGUGUCGUUGGGGGUAAUGCAACUGCACUGUGCCGCCAACACAACCCAAUCAGUGAA